CCGCUCUUUCCUCUUUAUAUCAACCCACAGCUACAGUUGAUUUCUCUCCUUCAGUAUUGUUUCUGUCUGAGUAUCAUCUGUUCAGAUCACAAAUAGAAUCCUGAUAUAAACAUGGUUUCACUUGUUACUGUGGUAAAAAAUGAAGGCAUAAAACUGGUGCCCUUUUUCAUAGCCACCUGUGUCUAUUUUGUCCUGUGGCUGCCCACCUCCAACGAAUCUUGGUUCAGUGCACUUGUUAAAUGUUUGCCCAUCAUUUGUCUCUGGGCCUUCCUGCUUUUCCAUGGCAUCACCUUUUUAAGAGCCCACUCAAGUGCUAGAAAGAUCCUUGCUGGACUCAUAUUCUCAGCUCUUGGUGAUGCCUUUCUGAUCAAGAAUGGGGAUGUCAACUUUAAUGAAGGACUGCUGAUGUUUGCCAUUGCACACAUCUUGUAUUCAUUUGCUUUUGGAAUGAAACCACUCAACCUACGAGCAGGCCUGGUCAUUGGCAUUAUCUCAGGCCUUUGCUAUAGCUUUCUCUACCCUUGUCUUUCCGGCAUCUCCACUUUACUGGUGGCCAUCUACAUUGCUCUAAUAGGCACCAUGGCCUGGAGGGCCACUGCUGGUGUGCUCCUGACCAACGACCUGUGGACAUGGACCAAGCUGUCGGCUUGCUUAGGAGCUGUCCUCUUCAUGGUGUCAGACCUCACCCUUGCCAUGAACAAUUUUUGCUUCAGUGUGCCGUACUCACAUGCCAUCAUCAUGGCUACAUACUAUGCAGCACAAAUGCUGAUUGCCCUUUCAGCCGUGGAGUGCCAGGAUGCUGACAUAGCCAGGAAAAUAAUGUGAUGUCCUUAAAACCUGCAGAGAAAAAUUACUUUACUAGUUUGGAUCCAUUUUCCUAAACCAUGUGUUUAAAUUUUCUGAAGCAGGUUUUUUAUUUUAAUUAACAUUUAACACAAUGUAAUGAAAAAAGCGGUAACUGCCUGCUUAAAAGUUUCUUCCAAAUAUUAUUUUAAAACAUUACAGCCACAUUCCUUGAAUAUUAAGUAAAAUGAAACCAAAAGGAACAUGGCAAAAUGCAAUUCACAGUCUAAACUGCACAAAACAAUGAAAAGAGUACAUAAUAAUAAUAAAAAAAAAAAACAGAUCGACAGCAGCUUCUCAGACCCAGGGAAUCGCAGUUGUAUUUAAUGGCAAAAUGUCUAGCACAGUCAACACUGGACAAAACAAGGAAAAAAGCACAAAAUAAUAAUAAUAAUAAUAAUAAUAAACAACUCAACUGCAGCUUCUCAGAAACAGGGAAUCAUGAAUCAUAAGAUUACCUGCAAGUGGCUACUAAGCCAAACCGCUUACAGAAGCAAAGUCAUAGCACAAGUUUAGUUUUAAGGGACUGUACCUUUGCAGAGCAGUGAGUGCCCAUCAUCAGGAGUACUAUCCUAAUGAAAUAAGAAAAAUCAUUUUGAGAUCCAUCUUUUCUAUGUUAUAUAUUUUUUUUGUUCCAUGAGAAUCCUGGAUCCCACACUCACUGAAAUCAAUGUACAGUUUUCACUGGUGACUACAAUAUACAUAUUUGGAAACUCAAACGACUGCAGCAACUUCAGCAAAUCACAGCUUUUUCUAUUUCCAGCUAAAAGUUAUCAUGGGCAGUGGAUAGUAAAUGUUACAUGCAUUUAAGAAUAAUGCUGCAAUAUACUUAAUAUUAUUGGGCAUUUAUUGCUUUGAAUAAAUUAAAACACACCAGAUGGAUUUUGAUAUACUUCUCCUAGGAAAUUUAUACAAUUGUUACCAAACCAUGCCGAUGUAAUCUUUGUAAUCUAAACAUUGAGGAUGAAAAAUUGCGGAGGGAUUUUUUAUAUCUCAAACAGGUCAGCCGUGAUAAUGUCUUAAACGUACACCGAAAAUGAUUUAUAACUUUCUGUGUGGCAUGAUAUUGAGUGACAUUAUAUUGAGUUAUGUUCAGUGACAUCACAUUGCGUAACAUCAUAGUGUGAUGCUUUUCUGCCAGCAUUUAUAGCCUACACAUCAAUUGGGCCCGUCAUUGCUGCUUGCAACUAUAUUUCUUUUUGUUCAUGAAAGUUUUGGAUCCUAUACUCACUGAAACAAAGAAAAUGUCCAGGACAGAGUGGAGAGAAACACAGAUGAUCUUAUAGACAGAAGGCACAUUUUUGGCAUAAACAUGGCCAUGCAAAAUACAAUCAAAAAAGGGUAUUAGGUUUGUAAAAGCCUACUCUUACACCCUAUACACAGUCAUACAUUGAAAAGCAGUUCCUGUUCAACUGUUCAACUAAAGAUACAAGUGAACAUUUUUUUGCUGCUGAUAAUACACUGCUUUACAAUGCACACGCACUCUGUGACCAACAGUGGCAACGCUCCUGUCACUUGAGGUCAGUCCAUGUGCUGGUUGUAUGCAGUCACAGGUGCAGACAUAUACUUAUUGUGUGUCCAUCCACUUUAAAUAAAAAAAAGAUCCAGACCCCAGGUUCCCAUACAGACCGGAAUCGCAGAGUCUCAUCAUCAGUUUCCCUGAAACUGCUUGAUUAUUUUCACUGUCACAGCUGCAUGAUAACACAAUAAAAUAAACUAUUGUAUAUUA